AUGGAACUCGGGGUAUCCGAGGUCUGGGAGGGCCAGAGCCAGGAACGCCCGCAUCCGCUGCAGCUGCCAGGACGAAAAAGUGUAUCCAGCAGGCACAUCAAGCCCCGAGCCCGGCCUGCUCCGGCCGACCUCGGGGCCGCCAGGACCCAGACCCACAAACUUAUCAUGAAGGCAGUAUUUGGUGUGGACAAGGUCUGCUCAGAGGGGUUUGAGCUGGAGAGGAUCUUGAAGAGGCCAGCCAGAAUGGAAGGACCUGGAGCCCAUGGGCUCCAAGGACUGUUUGGGGUUGCUCAGCAAGAGCCACAGGGGCCCAUGGAAGAUGUACCUGAAGGUGAUCCAGACAGGAGCAGAAGCAAGAUGUAUAAGUUGGUGGUGAUGGGCAGCUCUUGUGUGGGCAAGAGUGCGCUGACCAUGCAGCUGAUUCAGAAUCGAUUUGUGGCUGAGUAUGACCCCACCAUUGAAGAUUCCUACCGCCAGCAGACAGUGGUGGAUGGGGAGCCAUGCCAGCUGGAUAUCCUGGAUACCACAGGCAAUGAAGAGUAUACCUACCUUCGGGACCAGUUCGUGCAGUGGGGAGAGGGCUUCCUCUGUGUCUAUGCAGUGGACGAUGUCUACUCUCUUGAGAAUGUGUGUGACUUAAGGAACCACCUGCGGAGAAUCAAGGACACGGAUCAUGUGCCUAUGGUGAUAGUGGCCAACAAGACCGACCAGGAUAACUGGCUGGUGAACUCCACACUGGGCCUUGAAGUGGCCAAGAGCUUUGGGAUCCCUUUUGUGGAGACAUCAGCCAAGACAGGGAAAGGUGUAGAGCAGGCUUUCCACGAGCUAGUCCGAGAGAUCCGGCGGUCCCGCAAGGAAGAGCUCAAACACCUGGCUGAUGCUGAGCACCACCAGGGUUGUGGAUUCAAGAGGUGCACAAUCCAGUGA